CUAUAGAAGGAGGUGUGUAUAUCGAUUAAAAUCUAUCAUUUCGGUGCAUUAAUCGUGUUGACCUUCUUGAAUUGAGUACGCCCCUUUUCCCCUACUCUGAUGACUUGCUCGUCAACCUCCCUCCACUUUUGCCACCCUUUUUGCAUCAUUAUCGGUCAUUUGUCUCUCUCUCUCUCUCUCGCUCUCUCUCUCUCUCGCUCUCUCUCUCUUCCUUUGACAGCGCGCGAUUAAUCGGCGUGCUUUGGCAUUGUAUUCGAAGUUGACACAUUCGCGGCGUAUUCAACUACGACGACUUGUGUGUCCCGUUAAAUUGUUUCUCUUUAUUGUUAAAAGUCACGUAGACAUCCUGUCCAAAUGAAAGUCACGAUUUCCUUAAAGAUAGUUUCAAAGAUCAAGCGAUAAUCGCUUAUCUUUGUCGUCGUCGUCGUCGUCGUCGUCGUCAUUUUUCACCAAUGUGAAAAAAAAGGAAGAGAAAAGAAAAGAACUUGUAAAGGUCACACGUCAGUGCAGUUUGUUUCUCGACUUUUUAUCGCAUAAUAGAAUUGAAAUUGAACUUUUUAGCACGAACGAUGUUUUCCUCAAUCUUUUUCCUUCUAAUUGUUCUAACCAAUUUUUCUAAUGUCAGAGUGCACGGUAAUUAUUUUGGAACCAAUGCACGAACGGACGAUCAGUGCUUCUGCAAGUUAAAAGGAUCAAUAGAUGAUUGUAGCUGUAAUGUAGAUACAGUGGAUUAUUUUAACAAUGUAAAGAUAUAUCCUAGAUUGCAAAGUCUUCUAUUGAAGGAUUAUUUUAGAUUUUAUAGAGUUAAUCUGAAACAACAGUGUCCUUUUUGGGCGGAUGACAGUAAAUGUGCUAUACGUUAUUGUCAUAUACAACCUUGUCAUGAUGAUGAUAUUCCAGAAGGAUUGAAAGGAGAAGUUCCUAGAAAUGUACAUUUCAACGAAAGCCCUACUGACAAGUAUAAAUUAUCGACACAAUUAGCAAAUUGUAAUCAAAAUGCAAAAGAUUAUAAUAUGGAAUUGGGUUAUCUCAAUACUACUAUCAGUUCUGAAAAUUAUAAAGAAUUUGAACGUUGGCAACAAUACGACGAUGCUCAAGAUAAUUUCUGCGUAAAAGAAUCCAGUCCUGGUGAAUAUGUCGAUCUUCUACUCAAUCCAGAACGAUAUACAGGAUAUAAAGGACCAAGUGCUCAUAGAAUAUGGCGAAGUAUUUACAUGGAAAAUUGUUUUAGACCUAAAAAUUCUCCUCAUAAUUUUAUACAAUCAUCUACAAUAAAUGGAAUGUGUUUAGAAAAGAGAGUAUUCUAUCGUGUUAUAUCAGGAUUACAUGCAAGUAUUAAUAUUCACUUAUGUUCAAAAUAUUUAUUAUCUUCUGGAGAUGGCUUGACUGCUGUAUCAGGUGCAAAAUGGGGCCCUAAUCUAGGAGAAUUGCAAAGACGAUUUUCUCCUGAAACAACUGGUGAUGAAGGACCCAAUUGGUUAAAAAAUUUAUAUUUCAUAUAUUUGCUUGAAUUAAGAGCUUUAGCUAAGGCUGCACCUUAUCUAGAAAGAGAAGAAUAUUAUACUGGCAAUGAAAUUGACGAUAAAGAUACACGUUUAGCUAUUCAUGACGUUCUAAAAACUGUUAAAUCAUUUCCUGAACAUUUUAAUGAAACAGUCAUGUUUUCUGGAGGUGCUCAUGCAAAGAUAUUAAAAGAAGAAUUUAGACAACACUUUAGAAAUAUAUCUCGCAUAAUGGAUUGUGUUGGAUGCGAUAAAUGUAAACUCUGGGGCAAAUUGCAAAUACAAGGCUUAGGAACUGCAUUAAAAAUUCUUUUCUCUGGCAAAUUUGAUAAAUGGGAAUCAACGUUACAUAAUUUUAGUAGAAAACAAUUUUUUUUGGAAAGAAGUGAAAUUGUAGCUCUUAUUAACGGAUUUGGAAGAUUAUCAGAAAGUAUAUUUGAAUUGGAUAAAUUUCGACAAAUGAUGAGAUAGCAUAGUAACGAAUAGAUAAAUGACUUUUGAAAUACUAUAACAAGACACAUCACAUUAAUUUAAUUAGUUUUCUAUAGGAAUAACUAUAUAUUGUAGGAUUUAUGAAUUGUUAUAAUUAUGUUUC